AUGGAACUGGCAAAUGCGAAUGGUGGCAACGGAUGCAGAGUCGGGCUGCACGUCCGGCAACAAGUGGACCCAAAGAAACUGGAACUCAGCAUUGCUCGGACUGCAUUUGGCAUCAGCCCACUUCGGCUGUUGGAUGCGCAAGGGCUAGAUACCGGUCUGGCUGCACUGGAGAGGAACCUGCAACGGGCACUGAGUGAAGCACAACAGUUGGACAGUGUUGCCAGGCAUGUCCCAAGCAAGAGCAUGCUUUUCGAAAGACGUGGUCUGCUAUCGCGGGAGAUUCGAGAGCUUGAGCUGGAGCUUAGAACCUAUCACCUGGAAAAGAUUCGGCGCCGCGAGCUGGGUAUGGCGACGGUUGGGGUGCAGCUGCAGAACGAACGAUUGCGAAUGAGCCAUGGGGUGCGAUUGCCACGGCUGAACGCGCAGAUGACAGCUGAGACCGGUCCACAGGUGACGAAGGAAGUCCCUCAAUUCAUACAGCGCAAGCUGCCAGUCUUGAGUCCAUCACGCAUGCAGCAUUUCAUGAGUAUGGAAGUGGAUCAUGGCGAGAGUGUGCAUUAG